CUAUACGCUAGUAUGGCCGUCACACCAAGAUAAAUAAGCCUGCGAUAGACGAGGCUUCCUGGUCAUUACUCUACCCAGCGUUUAUGAAUCGGAAAACCAUUCGUAUUGCAUUGGCAGACUGUUGUCGCCAACCCGCUGGUACUACACAACGAUCGUCGCUAUUGCCGAGGAGGCUUCAAGCCAUUCGUCCUCGGUGUUUGACUUCUCAACAAUUUAGUUGCUAUCUUCCGGCUGUUCAACAUUUCCGACGGAUCGCGUUCUCGUCACCAUUCAGCACAAGCGCGGUUGAUUCUAACUAUCGGGCAUCAGGGAUUUGCCUUGCCUCUUCCGAAACCACAUACCGUGUCGACGCUUUACGAAGUUCAAUGGCCACAGCACGGAAAAUUGAGCUGUCCACAUCUGACUCCGGUGUCUACUCUACCGGGGUUAGAGAGGAUGCUGCUCGAGCUGCUAGCGAAGUCUUGCAGGAGAAUCUAGAGAAGCACCACAUUUAUUUCAACGAUUCCGGAUUCCAUAACCAUAUCGUCCACCAUAUUCUAACCAUGUUUGCCCUUGGGGCUUCCCCACACGAGAUUAGGGCCGCGUAUGAGAGAAAUAAGAGUUACCAGAGACCUGCUUUACCGGCCAAUGACAGUGCGGUUCAGUCCUUAUAUGACCAGGCUCGGUUCAAAGAAUGCCUUGGCAAACGAGAUAACUACCCCAAUUUCUUGGAAUUUUUCCAACGUGAGAUUGAAACAAAAGGGGUUGAAGACGUGGUUAAGCAACACAUUUUCGCUGGGGAUGAUAUCGCGGAAGAUAUGCUUGUAAGAUUGUUUGGAGGUCUCAUUCAUCCACUCAUCCACUUGGGGUUCGGGAUUGAGUUCAAUCAGCCUGCCAUCGUAGCAGAGGCCCUUGCCCAAGCUGCUACUCAUGAGGACUGGACUGGCCCAAUGUUUCUCUUACCCGCCGAAAAGGCAGCGGGGGGCAUUGGCAAACCCGGAAAGAAAACAUUGCUGCAAAUCCUGGAGGAAAUACGCAACAAUGAGAAAUUGGCUAGUUCCGCGCAUUGGGACGAUGAGAAUAGGAUGAGGGACGGCGUCCUGGUACGGGCGCCUGAUGAAAUGAUCAAUUAUGCUGCAGAAUUCACCAUCUCCGAGGAUCAAAUGGAAGAAAAGCUUGUCGAAAUAGUCGACACGGUUGCCUACUUCACAGCUACUGCUCAACGACCAUCCAAGCAGGUUAAAUUUGACUUCUUCUAUAUACAUGGCAUGAAUGCGUCGAUAUUUCUCACCAAGUUCAUCUCACUUCCGUGGCUAGAUGCGCGCUCCAAGCUACGUCUCCUCGAAUGGAAAGGACGACUGAACCUGCUGCUAUAUGUAUCUCGCAAUACACCCGAGCUGUACCUCAAUGAUGUUACUCAGUAUCAGGCUUCGAGGAAAUGGGAGGAUAUUUUCGCAUAUGCCAAUGCACAUCCAAGAGAUGAUGGACACAUCUGUAAAUUGGCCAGAGCCGUAGCGAACGGAGAGAGAGUCUGCCGUCCUUACGAGGCCAAAGCCAAAGAUUUGGGAUUGACGAUCACUGGCGAUAUGUGGCUGAAGAUCGGGAAUAUGGUGAUGGAUUCAACUUCCGACGAACAUUCCGUGUGGGUCCGUUCAACCGGGUUUGAUAGAGCGUGGGAGGAAUUUGAAGACCGCUCCCGUCUUUGACCGUCUUUGACCGUCCUUGACUGUAUGUGGCUCUUGUACGUCUGUAUGUGUUAUGUAAUGUAGCCCAGUCAGGCGAUUAAUGUGUAUUUCGAUGAGCGAAUGUAAAUCCGAGAUGAUGGUAGUCGAGAAAAGCAUUUGCCAUGUUUGCAGACAUCACGUGGUGAUUGUGGAUUUAUUAAAUGAGCAGUAUCAUACAUCCCCCAUCCUCUUUUUUCCUUUUCUUUCUGAAAUUUUAUCCUGAUCGGAAUCCACUUGAUCAAAUUGACCUGUCUCUUGU